AUGAGGCCGGCGGCGGCCGCCGGAUGGCUCCUGGUAGUGCUGGCGGUGAUGAUGACGUCGGCUCCCGUUGCGGAAUCCGCCGUCGCAAGCAUAGAUCUAGGAUCAGAGUGGCUAAAAGUGGCCGUCGUCAACCUGAAGCCGGGGCAGCCCCCGAUCUCCGUUGCCAUCAAUGAGAUGUCUAAGCGCAAGUCCCCGGCGCUGGUUGCGUUCAGCGGGGGCCAGCGCCUGGUCGGCGAGGAGGCCGCUGGGAUCGCCGCUCGGUACCCGGAGAAGGUGUACUCCUCCGUCCGGGACAUGGUAGGCAAACCACACGGGUGUGUUAGAGGGAAGGUGGAGGCCGCGUACCAAUCCUUCGAUCUGGUGGAGGACUCGAGGGGGGCCGCAGGGAUCCGGACUGACGAUGGAAACGCGACCGUGUAUUCAACGGAGGAGCUGCUGGCGAUGAUCCUCGCCUACGCCAAGAACCUCGCGGAGUCCCAAGCGAAAGUUCCAGUAUUGGAUGCGGUGAUCACCGUGCCAGCCUUCUUUGGUCAGGCUGAGAGGAAGGCAGUGAUGCAGGCGGCGCAGCUUGCUGGGAUCAAAUUGCUGGGCCUUAUCAAUGAGCAUGCUGGUGCUGCAUUGCAGUAUGGCAUCGACAAGGACUUCAGCAAUGAGUCGAGACAUGUCAUUUUCUAUGACAUGGGCUCAGGUAGUACUUACGCUGCGUUGGUUUAUUUUUCUUCGUACAAGGCGAAGGAGUACGGCAAGACGAUCUCGGUUAAUCAGUUUCAGGUAAGCGAUUCUCUCCUUGUUUAUAGUUUUCUUUCUUGUUUAUAUCUUCCUUAAAAGUGGUCGAUGAAAUUUUAUUAUUAUGGCGUGGUAGUAUCGAGAACGGAGAACUUAAAAGUGGCCGUAAUAUGUUAUUAUGCCCGGUUGAAAUGAGACCUGAAUAAAAGGGCACCUCUAUGGCUGAUGGUCUUCAAGUCUCGCCUUUUCCAGAGUAGACGUCUUAAUAUUUUUUAUACUUUGAUCGUUUCAGGUUAAAGAUGUCAGAUGGAAUACUGAACUCGGUGGAAUGACUAUGGAAUCACGUCUUGUCGAGCAUUUUGCUGACGAGUUUAAUAAAAAACUAGGCAACAGUUUUGAUGUCAGGAAGUCCCCCAAGGCUAUGGCUAAAUUAAAGAAGCAGGUCAAGCGUACAAAGGAAAUUUUAAGUGCAAACACUGCGGCUCCAAUAUCCGUCGAAUCUCUCUACGAUGAUCAUGACUUUAAGUAAGUCAAUCUUAGCCGAAUCUGAAAGGUUCCGUAGUAGUCUAGUAUCCACUUAGAACUGAUAUGCAGUACGGUCUUUAAAGUAUGUUCCUGCCCAGUUCUUGUUCCUUUGCUUAAAACAUUCAUGGCAUUCAAAAUAUUGACAUCUAGAUCCUCUCAGGUUUUUGUCCUCUGGUGGUCCUGUAUGAUCAGUUAUGAUCACAUCGUUUUAACUGCUUCGUACGUCAUUUAUGCCUUCCCUUAUUAGAAAAGUGGACUUUUAUUCCUUAAACGGAAUUGGCUGAGUUUGACAUUUGGUGACUUCUUGUAUCACUAUCUACACCACCAUACUCUACAGUUUUAUGUACUUGACCAUAAAAUAUGUCACAGUAGGAACACCCCUGGCCCAGAAUACACCCAGCCACAGCCCAGCUAGUACCAGAUCAAGCAUCAUGUCGCUAAAAUAAUAACUCAGAAGAGAUUAGAGGAUUUUAAGGUUCUUGCCGCUCAAGAUUGUUUAAUAAUGCCAUCACAGAGUUUUGAAGUCCUCUCAUGUAACUAAACAAUAAUCUGAAUAAUUAUUUGUAUUACCAGGAGCACAAUAACUCGUGAGAAAUUCGAAGAACUUUGUUCAGAUAUCAUGGAGCAGGCAGUAGUUCCAGUAAAAGAGGUACUUGAGCAUUCGGGUUUGAAACUUGAUGAAAUAGAUGCAGUGGAACUAAUUGGCGGAGCAACUCGUGUGCCAAAAUUACAGGUAUCAUUUAUAUUGAUAUUUCUAUUGAUUCUCUAGUUGCAUAGCAUUUUAUGCUAAAAAUUAUAGUUGCGAAAGUGUUCAUGCUACUUGAUUUGACGUAUCAGUAUACUAGCAGUAUAGAAGAUUAUAACAUCUGCAUGUUUCAUUUACUUGAGGUUCCAUCCAAUAUAAUUAUCAAGGAAAUGAAUCACUUCAAUGCUGGACUGUCAAAGUCAAAAUAUGGUAUAUUGUAACUGAUAUAACUGGUGUAGGUUGCCUGUAUAAUCCUUGCGGAGGUAUAAUUAUUCUAGAUAAUAAAGAAAACCUUUCAUCUCAUUGACCACAGAGUUUUUUGUGCUGCUAUUAAAACGGAAAGUUGAAAUGACUGAAAAUGAACUCAAUAUGUCUUAAUGAUUGAAUUCAGUCGGGUUGUUGAGUUAUGAUCUUUCAUGCUUAAGGGAUUUGUAACUUGGUUUAUUUUUUAGUUAUGUAUUAGGAGUGACUAGUUCAGAAAAACAUAUUUAACGAACUAUAAUUCAAAAUUGUAGGGUUAUGCCUCAACUUUAAACUUCAGUUCUUUUCUCGAACAUGAUCCAUGAAAUUUCCGGAAAAAUCUUCAUCGAAAUGUUUCCUUGGACUAAACGAGCAAAAAAAUACCGUUUUUUAGACUUCAAUUGAUCAUUGUCUGAUAUCCAAUGUCUAAUCCUUUUGCCAUCAACCACCAAACUAUCUCACAACUAUCAAGUGUUGACAGCCAUUGCAAUUGACUGUAAUACUCAGGCUACUGUCUCAUAUUUAUUUCAGUUCUCUGGGAGCUGAUAGCCACCUUCCACAAGAAAGUUCCUAAUUCUAGUUUAGAUACUUUCACUCACACAAGUGUUCUUUAAAUUCUUUACCUGUCUGUGGAGAGUUUUCGUCAAAGAUCAAUUUCUGCAGCUUUUUGGAUGUAAAUGGUUGUUUACGACAAGGCAUCUCUAUUUUUUUUGGUUCGAGUGUUUGACUAAUCAGUAUUCACUGAUCUGCUUCUCUAGUGAUGCUUAACCUACCUGAAAGUUUAAUCCGACUUCAGGAACUUCUCUACUAUAGAGUCCAUGAUGUUCAUGCUAUAAUUGAUCCCCCAGCGAAGGAUCAACUUUUAUCUCGUAUUGUUGAAUAUAGGUCCCAUUCUCUGUGGUGGUUUCAUCAAUCUCUACAUGUGAUCAGCAAGCCUAUCUUCAGACCAUUAGAUAUUUUCCCAACAACAAAGUCAGAUACAUGUUGUUGCUUGACAUUUGACUGAAAUUUCUUAACCAUGUCAUGUCUUACUGAUACCUCUCGAUUGGAUUACUGAAAACAAUUUAAUUCACCUUGGAAAAUAAAUGGGCGUUCAUGCAGCACUAUAUAUUUAAAAUUGCUUAGUCUAGAGUUUUUCUCGCAUAAAAAUUAAAAUAAAAGAUGUAAUAUGUAUAUAUAUACAUAUACACACAUAGGAAAUUUCGCUAAGCCUAUAUGAGUGUUUGUUGAAUAUCCCAACGAGUACUUGCUGAAAAAUCUGUCUGUGUAUAACCUGAAAGUGGAUUGUCGACCAGUCUAUGUCAAUAUAUUGCAUCACCUGAUCCAUAAAGGUAUGAGUUCUAACAUGCAGAGUUGGGCUUUUGAAGGAUGUCCUAAUCCUGGAUCUGAUCCAUUGUGAGUGCAUGCUUUAAGAAUCCUAUGAUUGGCUUUCUAUCAGUUUCUUCGAAACUGUAACUGAAAUAUGAUGUGUCUCGGAUUUCAUGUCUGAGAGAGUUUUACAUGGACGUGUCUCUAUAGAAUUCCCAUAUUUGGGUUCUGCAGCCUACGCAUUUGUCUUUGUGUACUUUCGAAGUUAGAUCAUGUCAGAUUAACCAGCAAUUAGUGAAGUAUUUGUAAUACACCACAGAAUUUCUUUUCAUGUUAUAUCAUGAAAUUUCAUCAUCUUGGUGUGCAAUUUUUCUUUGACAUUGUUGAUCAAGAGGUUAAUCUAAUUAUUCAUCCUGUUGGCAGGCUAAGCUACAAGAAUUUCUAGGGAAAAAGGAACUAGGCAAGCAUCUAGAUGCUGAUGAGGCUAUAGUGCUUGGUGCAGCACUCCAUGCUGCGAACAUAAGCGAUGGCAUCAAGUUGAACCGCAAGCUUGGGAUGAUAGACGGUUCCUCUUACGGAUUUGUGAUUCAGUUAGAUGGCCCUGAUCUUAGUGAAGAUGAAAGGUCUGAACAGUCACUUGUGCCGCGGAUGAAGAAGCUCCCUAGCAAGGUAACUAGUCGUUUCCCGUUUGACCCUCUAGUUUUCUAUUAGUCUUUCAGUUCUAUGCUGACUAUACAUGUGUAGGCCUUCAAGUCUAUUAAACACAGCAAAGAUUUUGAAGUCUCACUUGGUUAUGAGAAGACGGAUUUGCUUCCACGAGGGGUUUCUUCUCACAAAUUUACACAGUAUGGGGUGUCUGGCCUGACAGAUGCAAGUGAGAAGUGAGUUUUGUGAUCCUUUCAGUAGUUAACACCUUCAUAUCAGUAGGGAGUGAGAUUGCUGACAUUGAUCUAUAAUGCCUUUGCUAGGUAUUCGACCAAGAAUCUGUCAUCUCCUAUCAAGGCAAAUCUGCACUUUUCUCUGAGCAGAAGUGGUGUCAUUUCAUUAGACCGAGCAGAGGCUGUCAUCGAGUACUUUGAGUGGAUCGAGGUUCCCAAGAAGAAUUUGACUCUGGAAAACGCAACCGUUAGUGAGUUGAAUUCGACUGCUGAUGUGAGCUCUGGAAACAGUACUGAGGAGAUCAGGGAAAACUCAGAUGGUCAAGGCAAGGUUGAUAGCCCAUCAAAUGCAAAUGAAACACAGCCCAUUGUUGAGGUAUCUAUGGAGAAAAAAUUGAAGAAGCGUACCUUUCGAGUUCCCCUGAAGGUAACAAGCUCUGAAAGCGUAUAUACAUUAUAUAUAGCAGUAGAAUAAUUGCCUCUUUUCCUUCAUCUUAAUUUAUUUAUGGAAAACAUCUUUUUUCGGUGAGGUGUGCAGAUAAUGGACAAAACUGCGGGGCCCGAAGUAGUACUCUCUACAGAAUCUUAUUCUGAAGCUAAGAUCAGAUUGGAGAUGCUUGAUCGAAAGGACUCUGAGAGAAGGCGCACGGCAGAACUGAAAAACAAUCUGGAAGGUUACAUAUACUCCACUAAAGAGAAGGUUUGAAGCCCCCCUGCUUUAUCUGGGACUGGAGCAUCGCUGCACUUUUUCUGCCUUAUCCCUUAACAAAUUCAUCUGUUUAUAAAUCCUUCUUCCCGCCUUAGUCAAAACGUCUUGUUCCCUGAAUUGUAUAUAUUUUUCGGACUUUGAGAAGAUAUACAUACCGAAAUGCUUCUCAUAUUUGAUUCAUCAGUGCCACCAUCUAUCAUCAGUAGGACCCAUAAUAGCAUUUGAUUCAGCAGUCGUCUUACUUCCUGUUUUUUCUAUUGCUGCUGGCAGAUGGACGAAACUUCGGAGCUGGAGAAAGUUUCUACAGAUCGGGAGCGAAAAUCCUUUGCAGAGAGGCUUGAAGAGGUAGGGAGCUUUGAUAUCACUGGUUUCACGCCAGGUGGCAGCAUCCGUCCAAUGAAAAUCCUCUGAUUUAAUAUUUUCUGCUGGUCUAGGUGCAAGAAUGGCUGUAUAUGGACGGCGAGGACGCCCCAGCAGAUGAAUUCAAAGACCGCCUCAACUCCCUGAAAGCCAUCGGGGACCCAAUAUUCUUCAGGUGGUGCACCUUCCUUUCUUUUCACCGAAAUGAAGAAGACCAGUCCCCCCACUAAAAAAGACCUCUUUCUUGCAGACUGACAGAGCUCUCCUCACGACCAGUGGCCUGUGAACACGCUCGAAGCUAUCUCAGUGAGAUCCCGAAGGUAAAUAGAUAUAGCCCAGCAGUGAUCUUUCCCUCCUAUGUAUUACUCGAGAAAGGUGCAAUCUUGUGACGUCUGGUUUAUUCUUCUCACCCAUCCUUAACAUCCUGGUAGAUCAUCCGUGAUUGGGAGGAGAACAAGCCGUGGCUUCCAAAGUCCAGAGUGGACGAGGUACGAAUGAUACUCCUCUCUCUCCCCCUCCGUUCUCAGCCGAGAACUGGUUGCUCAAUGUUGUCCUCCUCCACCGUUGCUCACCAUUGACCUCUAUUCUGCAGGUCCGCAGCGAGGCAGAAAGACUCGGGAGCUGGUUGGAUGUCAAGGAGAGCCUUCAGAAAGCGUACUAUUAUCUUACUUAUAGAUUUCAUAUCAUCUGCGCAUAUGCAUAUAUUUAAUAUAUGUAUAUAUGGAUCACUCAUAUUUGUGUCACUCUAGGACCCCUGCCUCUGUAACACCCGCCUUCUCAUCAUCCGAGGUUUAUGAGAAAACCCAAAGUCUUCAGAGCAAGGUAAGCCUCUCGUCCCCUUCUCUCCUUGUCCGACCACCUCCGUGUGCCUUCAUGAAGCAGGGGAGAGAUUCAUCUUUCUACACAGGUGGCGGGGGUGAACAGGAUACCGAAGCCGAGGCCAAAGAUUGAGAAGCCAGCCGCCAAGGAGGAAUCGCAGAAGGAGCAGCAGCAGCAGCAGCAGCAGCAGCAGCAGCACCAGCACCAGCAACAGAGUGCCGAUGCCUCAGAGGACUCAAAACCAGAGGCAGCGGGAGACCCGUCUGGUGCUGGCUCGCCGGGUGCGGAGGCCCACGAUGAGCUUUGA